AUGCUGCCUCAUAGCUGUGGCUAUCUUAGAGCCGGGUUGGCUGUUUCCCGACAUACCUUUGCCGGUUGCCAUGCGCCGCACACCAGGAGAAUACCGAGCAUAUCAAAAUUUCAACUAUUAAGCCAAAUACGACAGCCUCGAGAGCCAUUGCUGCGAUAUAAUUCUUCUGCUCCCGCUAUAGCUGCUAGCCAGAAGCUAGAGCGAUAUUCACCACCAACAACAGGCGUUCUCGCUGCUCUUCCGAAGAAAUGGGUACCAUAUGCGGAAUUGAUACGCCUCGACAAACCAACCGGGACUUACUAUCUAUACUUCCCUUGCCUCUUUUCGACACUCCUUGCGGCGCCAUUAGCCAUGCCAAUGGCUACUCCUCUCGAAGUUGCUUGGUUUUCUGGCCUGUUUUUCGCCGGAGCUUUAGUCAUGCGAGGAGCUGGGUGUACGAUAAAUGAUCUAUGGGACCGAAACCUGGAUCCUCAUGUAGAACGAACGAAGUUUCGGCCAAUUGCGCGGAGAGCUAUUACUCCGAAAGACGCGAUUAUAUUUACUGGCGCUCAGCUCUUUGCUGGACUUGCGAUACUCCUUCAAUUCCCUUUUGAAUGCUUCUGGUAUGCAACUCCAAGUCUCCUCUUCGUUGCAGCAUAUCCACUAGCAAAGCGGGUGACGAAUUAUCCCCAAGCAAUGUUAGGGUUAACAUUUUCCUGGGGCGCGGUGAUGGGAUUCCCUGCUCUGGGGGUUGAUGUUUUGGGUGAUACUAGCAUCCUAGCAGCGUGUGCCGCUCUAUAUGCAAGCAAUGUGGCCUGGACUAUACUUUAUGACACUAUAUAUGCGCAUAUGGAUGUCAAAGAUGAUGCCAAAGCAGGAAUAAAAUCGAUUGCUUUGGCUCAUAUUGACAAUAGCAAAUAUGUGAUGUCAGGGCUUGCAGCAGUUCAGGUUGGUCUGCUUGCUGCGGCGGGUGUAGCGGCUGGUGCUGGGCCUGUCUUCUUUGUGGGAAGCUGUGGUGGUGCCAUGUUAUCACUGGGAACCAUGAUCUGGCGAGUAAAGCUUACCGACCCCAGGGAUUGUUGGUGGUGGUUCAAGUACGGCUGCUGGUUCACGGGAAGCACCAUAUCGCUUGGCCUACUUGGUGACUAUGUUAUGAGAAGAUCUGAUCAAAAUGAAGAUCUUAAACACGAAGAAGUGACACUGUAA